GUACUGUCGGGCUGAACACCGCCGUCCUGCAGACAUGCACGCCCGGCUGGAGCACGCCCCCGUGGCCCGCAGCGACUCCACCAUCCACACGCUGUCCUGGAACGGCAUCAUCCCGGCCAGUGAGCGGGAGAAGUCCGUGGCGCGCCGGAGAUACUGCCAUGAAGGCUGGCUGGCCACAGGGAAUGCCAAGGGCGUUGUUGGGGCGACCUUCACGACAUCACACUGCAGGAAGGAGUACAAGGCCCCGCCCCGCAGUAACUUCAACCUCCGCGGACACAACAGUGAGGUAGUUCUGGUGAGAUGGAACGAACCCUACCAGAAGCUAGCCACCUGCGACGGCAACGGUGUUAUCUUUGUCUGGAUCAAAUACGAGGGCAGAUGGUCCAUAGAACUGGUCAAUGACAGGGGCAGCCCCGUUAGCGACUUUAACUGGAGCCACGAUGGGCGGUUAGCUCUCAUCUGUUACCGAGAUGGGUUCGUGCUGGUGGGGUCGGUGGCCGGGCAGCGGUACUGGUCCUCCAUGUUGAACUUGGAGGAGUCCAACAUCCUGUGUGGGGUCUGGACCCCGGAUGACAAACAGGUGCUGUUUGGCACUGCGGAUGGCCAGGUGAUCGUCAUGGACAGCCACGGUGCCAUGGUAGCACAGUGUAUCCUUGACGACGAUGACGAGAUCCGCUCCCUGGCCUGGUCGGGGGAGAAGUUCCACAUGGUGAACACCAGCGACUCGGAGAGUGAGGUGGAGGAAAGCCCAUCCACUCCCAAACAGAAAGGCCAGAGAAGGAGGCACUCCCAGCGGCAGGCAGCCAUGAAGAGUGGGCACAUCCUGGCCGUGGGGUUCGGCAGUGGAGACGUCGCUCUGAUGAAGUCUUAUGAUGACAUGGCACCUGUACUCAUCAGAACCAACAUGAUUGCCACCAAACUGGAGUGGAGUAGCUGUGGUUUGUUCCUGGCCGUGGGCGGCACACACCGACACAUCACCGACCCAGACAGCGUCAGCGCAGUCAAGUACUACGACACCAGCGGCCAUCUUAGAUUCACUCUCAACAUUCCUGCUCAGAGAGCGCUCACUGCCAUGACGUGGGGCCACAACGACAAGAGAUUUUUUGUUGCAUCUGGCUCGAGUCUGUUUGUGGCGUGGGUGGAGAAGGAAGUGGCGCCUCUCCAGCUGCUGUGUAUGGAGGUUGUCGGGACGAUGAUCAAGGAGGAGAAACAGGUUGCUAGGCUACCGUUGCCAAGCCGCAUCAAGAACUACGUCACUCAAGCCUUCUCCCCGACCAUCAAGCAGGGGUGCAUUCCAGAUCCAAGCAAGUUGAGAGAAUUUGUCAGUCAAACCAGUGUUGGAGCAGAGAGACUACACUGCACCAUGGUCAGAACAGAUGAUGACGGCUACACACUGUACUUGGAGUACCUAGGGGGCCUUGUUCCACUACUAAAGGGCAAGAAAGUCAGCAAACUCAGGCCAGAGUUUGUGAUCUUUGACCCAGAAGUGUGCACUAAGGAUGACAAGUCGGAUGAUGAUGGCGGGAUUUUCAGCGGGCUGAGCAGUAGUGGAUGUAGUAGCGGCAGUGAUUUCAGCGACAAUGACAGCGAUGAGCUGCAGAGUCGACGGAGGUCACCAGGUCAGCUGGGCAGGAAGGGUAGCGAGAAGGAGAGAGACACGGUGUACCUGGACAACCUGCCUCAGGAGAACCGGUUAGUAGAGGUGACCUCCAACAUCUGGGGCACCAAGUUCAAGGUGCACGGCCUGGCGCCCUUCCUCCCGGCUUACAUGGGUGCUGUGAACUACAAGACCAGCCUGCUGCACCUCCAGCCCCGACAGAUGACCAUCUACCUCCCUGAGAUCGGGAAGGGGAUCCGGCCACCCAGGGACACCACCUUUAACCCCAACAUGUUCAGUGAGGAUGAGGAGGAAGGAUCUCCAGGGUGCAGGGAUAGUGGGAUCUCCAAUGUGGAACCCCCUCCAGAAGAAAUGGAUGUUCCCAUCUGCCCUGUCAGCUGUGCUGACUCCCUCCGCUCCGUCAAGAAGGAACUUCUCACAACACGGAUGAACCUCGCCAACGAGGACAUCUUCUCCUCGGCCAAUCAGAUCACACUACCUGGAAAGUAUUUUGUAGAGGUGCACCAUGGGAACUCAGAGGUGCACCAUGGGAGUGGGGUAGAGGUGCAGCGUGGGAGACAAGAAGCCCAGUGCAUCAGACCGGACUGCUAUGAAAGAAGAGAGCUCUCUCCCAGUGAGAGGGAACAGUACAUAUCACAAGGGGCCAUUCCUAAAGCUUAUAAAUCAGUUGAGGCACUUAAUAAGAACCUAGAGGACUUAGAUGGAGAGACAGAGUGUGAUGGAGAAAUCUUAGCUGCAGAGGAACCACAGAAACUCUUAGAGGGAGGGGUAGUAACCAACGGGGAUGGGGGAGUUGCAAACGAGAUGUUUGUGGAUGGAGAACUGGAGGGGGAGAGAUGGGCAAAGGUUGCCACAGAAAUCAUCGAACCCAGCAGUGUGGAAACGUCCCUGUUUAGUGAUGAUGGGGACGAGACCAAAGUGUUUAGUGAAGGAGCUUCGUUAACACUCGCUCCCCGUGAAAACCGCUGCAGACGGCUCGGCAUGUUAUCUUCAGCCAAAACCAGCAUCAUCAGUGAAAAGGCUCGGCAGCUUUUAGCUACCCCCAAGAACAGUCUCCGCGAGCCAUCCCGGGGACCACCCAGUCCCAAGAUGGAACCAGAGGACAUCUUUGAACCACGGGAGAGCAUCGCAAGAAAAGCCAAUCAAACGCUGGACAAGCAUGUGUCAAUCAAAUUGACGGAAAGACCAGGAAGCCCACGGGAAAUAGAGUCAAAUGCCUCUCGCUGCAGAGGGCCGUAUGAGGACAGAGUUGUGGACAAGGGUGUGCGGGGAAUCGCUGAGGGGGGGAAACUCAUUCACCAAUUGUGUACAAAGUGCAAUAAAAGCCAUGGAGUCAAAGGUCAAAAGGUGAAGUUCAGGUCAAGGUCCCAGGCAGAACAAAGUUCAGACAGUGAAGGGGAGUGUAACCUGAGUGGUGACGAGCUCGGGGCCCUCAGAACAAAAGGACUAACGCGGAGGAAGAGUAAGCGGGUACGAUCUAGAAGUGAGGGAGACGAGAUUAUAGUACAACACGAGUAUGUGCUAACCAACAAGGCACCGCUCUGGAACGAGAGCACACAGGUGUACCAGCUGGAUUUUGGAGGCCGAGUGACACAAGAGUCAGCUAAGAACUUCCAGGUGGAGCUGGAGGGCCAACAGGUGCUGCAGUUUGGGAGAAUUGAUGUGAAUGCCUACACUCUAGACUUCCAGCAUCCGUUCACAGCGCUACAGGCCUUUGCCGUCGCCCUUGCCAACGUCACACAAAGACUGAAGUAAUCCACACCACAAUGGUCCACCUUGCUAACGCUUCUCAGCAUCACGACUCCAAUGCUCCUCCUACAGUAUCUAGACAAGCUGCAAUCAUUAUAUGUAGUUAAAACAGCAGAACAAAACCCUUUCUUGUCGUACUAGUACCCAUGCCACACAUACAAUACAAAUGCAGUGAUGACCACUUUCUUGCCAAGACGUCAAGAAUGUUGUACACAGUUUUUACAAGUUCAUUAUAUGAAGCAUCACUGCACGAAAUUCAAUUUUAAGCAUACCUGAAAGCAUGUGUAAAGAUUACAUUUUCACAUCAAGGAUGAAAAUCGCAAUCUUUAUGCAUAUUUUGAGGGAUGCUUAAAGAUUGGAUUUUGUGCAGUGCAUUAUGGUGCCAUUCAAUGUAUGAUUUCAAAUACGAUGAUGUACAGUAACAAAUUUUCCUUCAACUGUGAACUAACAGCAAUAUCUACGACAUCCAGUAAAUGUUUAAUGGAACCACAUACUAUUCUUCUUACCUACAAUGUUAAUGAAUAGGAAAUUGCAACUAAGUAGGCAGUAUUAUGCAGUAUGUUCACAUAUGAAAGUACUUGCACCUUAGCAUUGGAUCAUAUGCAUUAUAGACACUACCCAAGGAUAAUUCCAUUUCAUACAUGUACACAUCUUCAUGGUGUAAAUAUGUGUUUGAUACCACUAUUUGACUUUUUUCUUGACAAGACAAUACUUAAGACAGAAAUGCCUGUGGUGAAAGAGUCAUUUUGGCCCUGGUGGCUUCUGUUGACUCAAUUGCACCUGUGCUUUUGAAUGUAUUGACGAUAAAAAACUUUGUUUAAAGGUAAAUUCUAUAUUUAGGAUUGUACUUGUUAGUUUUCAGUACAAAAUGAAACCUUUCUUGUGAUGAAUAUUUGUUUGUUGCUUGCAGAUGUCCUAUACUUGCCAUACAGGAGACUUAAAGUUUGUACUUAAGGCUUUGUAAAGAUGUAUUUCUCUUUCUAAUCUAAUGACUUAUGCUGUAAGGAAUGGAAAUAUGAAGAAGCCAAGUAGGGAGGGUUCAAGACUUUGAUACCUGACACUAUUAGUGACUUUAUAGGGACAUCCGAGAGGUUUUUUGUAGAGUCUGUGACACAUUAUGUGAGUUCUGCUAAAUCAGACCUGUACUUGUGAAUGUAUGGAAUUUGAGGUAAGAUGUGGUUGGAAGGAAUGUAGUGGUAAGUAAUGUGAAGUCAAGACUGGUGUCAGAUUCACUAUAUGUGUGUCUAAUGUUGUAUGUUUGGUACAGUUUUAAUGUACCCCUGUAAUACUUCGGUUCAGUGCACACUUUACUUUGUAUCUUAUUUAAGAGAUUGUACUUGUUGUGAAUAAGUACUGUAUGUUGAAUGCACAGAAGGAUGUACUUAUGAUUUAGGUACAGUGCCAAGCAAACCUGUAGGUGCCAGAAAUGAUCCUGCAAAGUAUUUCACAUCAGCUUCUCUUGAAAAGACAUACCAGAAAUGAUCAUAUGGAUGUCUAUGAAAAAAGUUGCUCCUGAGGAUGAUUAAGGAGAAUUGGACUGAGAAAUUUGACAAAAUGCAAAUUACAACAGAAGAGGGAGUUUUGCACCAAUUGUUGACCCCAAAAAAUAUUGUACUAACAUCUCCUGUCUUUCCUGGUCGAUGCACUUUUUGUGUAUCAAAGUGAGGUUGGUGUGGACUAAUGUAUGACUGGUAGAUUGGGACAGGAGUGAAAUCAUCUCAUUGCUAGUUGUCUAGUUGUGAAGAUUGUGAAGGUGCUUGUGUAUACAGAAAUCUGUAGCUGUUCCUUUUCUUGCAAUACUGCUUGCCAUUAUUUAUUUUAGUGGGUUAAGAUGUUUAUGUUAAGAUGUUUUAAUCAUUCAGUGGGAUUUGAUGCCAUAGUCAAGUGAUGACAAGUGCUGGAUAGGCAUAGAUAUGUACUUUACAUUUAGUAUCCUUUUUAUUCUGGCAACGUGCUUAUAUUGUAAUGCUGCGGAAUAAAGGCAGAAAUUUAAUGCCAUCUAUUAUGAAAACUGGGCCAGUUGAAAAACGUCAAACUUUCCCGUACUCCAUGGUUAAUUUCUGGGACAAAAUCAAUUCUACCUUUCAUACAUGGACUGUUUUGUUGAGAGAUUUAACAUUUGCCUUGAUUUUAUUGUUACUAGAUCUAUCUUUGUAUUUUUGUUUCGUGUUGUUAAGGACAUUGUAGAAAGACAAUUAGUUGUAGUGGUUCAGAAUGAAUGUGACUAAUGAAAAACAUGUAAGUGGUAUCCUGUUGUUAUAUCCUGUUCUUGUUCCAACUUACCCUGUCUGCAACUCUUGUCUAUGUUGUACAUAGUUUACAUCCAAGACAGCUGAAACCUGCAACAGAACAUUUUGAACAUUGUCCCAGUAUUACGACAUUCUGUUAAUGAAGCAUGAUUACGAUCCCUUCAAUCAUACAGAAAGAUCUUUUUUCUAAACAUGUCACACGGUAAUAAAACAAUGUCAGUGUGUUUUGUGGGGUAAAUCUGUCUUGGAAGCUUGAAUAUAUGUAGCACCACCAAUAUGAAACCAGACUUGUAUGCAGACAGGGUAACUUGACGACACCAUGGAUGAAUACUCGGUACAGAUGUGUCUAUUGGUUGUUGCAAUACCAUUGCCUAUCCGUAAUAUGUAGGUGCUGUUACAUGGAUACAAGUAUUAUGUCGAAUCAUGAGUGGACAAAUUCUCCCAGCCCAGGAGCUGCUGCUUGGAGAGGCUGCUCACUAUACGGCAGCCAGGAAUAAAUACUACUGUGCACAAA